CAUGUCAGAACAGUAAACCUUUCCAUCCACAUUUCUCAAAUUUUCCCUCAUUUUGAUCUUCGUAAUGAUCCACUACAUUAUAUUUGCACUAUUCUUCGUCCACCCUAUUCGGAUGGUAAAUGCAGAAUGCAGCUACGCGACGGACAACAUGACAGCCUAUAGAGGGUGUGUUAAUACCGGUCAUAAUGGUGAGGAAUGUGCUAACUGGAUGACCACCUGCUACUGGGGUGAUAGCCAGUUCAUUACUGAGGAUACAGCUACAGGAAAUGGGAUUGGAAACCACAACUACUGCCGUAACCCGGGAGGACUCCGGUUUGGACCGUGGUGCUACCGCAAAGGCUACGACAAACUCAAGAUUUACUGCACAGUUAUAGACAGUAACUGUGCGGUUGAUUGUCAGGGAUCUGAAGCCCCGGUGAAAUCAACAUGUCCGACAGCAGAAGAAAACAAAGAAGAGGAUGAGGGACAGGGGGCUCCUCCGUUUUGCCAGAACAACCAAGUUCCCUGCGGCAUGAUUGGAUUUGCAGUUACAGCCGUUUUGAUAUUAGCAGCUGUUUUCGUAAGAAAUUCACUUAGGUGGAAAAAAGAAGCCAAAGCACGCAAAGCCAAAGCACUGAAAGCUAAUCUUCCAGCCAAUGAUACGAUGACAUCCCACAUCUCCCACGUCUCUCAAGCUCAUCUCACCGGAACACAGAGGGUUAGAUUGGGAGUGGAACGGUUAAGAAAGCUCUCAAUAGAAGACCUUCUAACAAGAAUGGGCACAAAAACAACACAACCCCCGAGUCAACCCCCGAGUCAACCCCUGAGUGGGGUCCCCAGUGUCAGUGAUAAUGACACUGUACAUUUUAGGAACAGGACCGAGCAGGGCCUCACAGUGGCGGUUCCAACACUGGAAUUCACGAGGGUCAACAAAAAUGUCCCCAGCAGCAUGUUCAACAACUCAGAGGAGUUCAUCAGCCAUUUCGGUAGUGCCUCACAUUUUGGUAGUGCCUCCCAUUUCGGUAGUGCUUCUCAUUUUGAUAGUGUCUCUCUCGAUGAUGAUCCACAUGCUGCAUAUCCCAAAUAUGGUUCCCAUGAGUUUGACGUUGAUCCGGUAGAGGUGUUUGGGGAUGCUGUGAGGACUGGAGGAGGGGCAAUGUUUGAUGGGUACUACGAUCAGGAUGUUGAUAAAUGGGGCUCUGAGGAGGAGUACCAGAUUUGAAGAGAAGAUCUACGAGGAUUCAACAUGACUUUUUUAAAUAUUGCUUUAUGGAUUGAAGUUAGAAUUUUAACUGCCUUUUUAGCAUUUCCAACGCAUGUCAUAUCUUCUGAAUACUCAAUACAGUCUAUGUUAGUCCAACAUUAUUCCAACUGUCUGGGUUCAAGAGCAUCAAAUUUUGAACUACGGUCAGCUUCCGCUUAUAUUUCAUAUUCAUAAUGCCCAUUACCAGGUUGUUAAAAAAGCAUUUCGAGCUUAAAGUCUCUUAUCUCAUUUUCCAUUUUGGGAAGAUCUUAUAAUAAGGGUCACAAGUUGUCAUUAAUAACAGCUAUUGGAUGCGAUCUCCUUCAUUGUUCCUACCGGACAUUAUAUUCAUAUCCCCGAAAAGUAGCGAAGACUGAGUGUUGUGUCUUGGGAACAUGUUGCCAAACGCUUAUUGAAUAUUGAGUCGCCUUGUUGUGUCUUGGGAACAUGUUACCAAACGCUUAUUGAAUAUUGAGUCGCCUUGUUGUGUCUUGGGAACAUUUUAACAAACGCUGAUUGAGUCGCCUUGACUUCGCCUUGUUGAGCAGCGCGUAUCACAUCACUACAUUGUUUCAUAAAGAAACUUUCGUACAUUGUAAGACAUAAUAUCUUGGCUUAUAUUUGUGCUUUGUAAGACAUAAUAAUAUCUUGGCUUAUACUUGCACAGCACUCAAUAGCCACGUUUCAUAUUCUGGUUAUAACUUAUAGUUCAGUGAUGUUUUAGAGUAUUUUGAUUUUUGAAUUCGUAAUUUCAUUUGUUCAGGACGUUACAGAAGAAAUUGAUUUA